AUGUUCAAAAAGAUCCUCAAGCCAACUUGUCUGAUGACACUUGGCACUUGUUCCGCAGCAGCUGCAACCCUCACCUUCUACAAGACUCAUUCAUCCACAAAUCUCAUUCAAGCCGAACAACAACAACAACAAUCAUCAAUGUUCAAAUUUUUCCAAUCCAAACCACAUGUGGCCGAUGAUCGUGAUCCUCAUGACAACAACAACCACUCCCAUUCAUCCAAAAAAGGUUCUGCCACAACGAUCAUGAGCUCAUCCACCAAUUCAUCAUCAAGAGAACAAAAACAACAACAACCACCCAUUCGAGUAGCCAUCAUUGGAGGAGGAAUUUCUGGAUCCGGUUCAGCCUAUUUUCUCUCCAAUCUCUAUGAUCGUUUGGAUUUCUUGAUGAAUGGGUCCUCCAUUGAUCUCUCUCCUGAACCUUCCUCCACGACGUUGAUUGCCACUCAUUCUUCCUUGUCAUCAAGGAAUUCGAACGGAACAAAGCCUCCUCUCGAAUUUAUCAUCUAUGAAAGAAAUGUUGAAAUUGGUGGACGAUUAAAAGAAAUUAAUUUAUUUCCCAAUGUCCAUGAUGAGAAGAAUCCAUACAAGUACUCGUUUGAAGUGGGUGGAAGUUCACUCAUUUUGGAAAAUAAGUAUGCCUUGCAAUUGGUGGAGACUUUUGGAUUGACUUUGAAAGAACCACAUUUGGAGGAUGUUCGAAUUGGAAUUUGGAAUGGUGAUGAGAAACGAAUUGUAUUUUGUGAAUCAACUUCGUGGUGGAAGACUUUAAUCAAGGGAGCUUGGAGAUAUGAUUUUGGAAUUCCACUCUACUUGUUGAAACGAAAUGUACAUUACUACUUGUCACAAGAUCGAUUUUUGAAAAUUUAUGAAUUGCAACAAGUGCCACAUGAAGGAAAAAUAUCGAGUGAGGAUUUGAAGAAGGUUUAUACUUGGGAAGAGACAAGUGACUUUUUGAAGGAAACUGGCAUGCAAGAGCUCACCACUCAAACAUUUUAUGAUUUUGCAAGAACGAAUUGGAUUCAAGAGAGAUUUAUUAAGGAAUAUUGUGACUCGAUUUUGAGAAUUAACUACAUGACAAGUUCAGAAACUAUUUCUGCGUUUGCUGGAAUUGUUGGAUUGGCAGGAGCGGUUUCUGAUUUUAGACAGGUCCUUCAAGGAACGUCACAACUUCCAAAACAUUGCAUCGAAGCUUUGAAAUCCAAAAAAUUGAACCUAAAAUUAAUGCAUGAAGUGUCACAAAUUUCCUACGACAGUGCCAGCAACAAGUAUUCCAUCACUGCAAAGAACUUGGCAACACCCAACCAUACAGAAAUUCUUGACACGAACAUUGAUUACAUUAUUGCUGCAACACCUCUCGAGUUCACUAAUAUUCACUUUGACAACAUUCAUCUUCCUCCAAAGGCAUUAGAAAAACGUGAAAUGAACAUUCUCGUCACAAGUCUUGUGGUUGCCAAAGACAUUAACAAGAAUUAUUUUGGAAUGGAUAGCUCAGAUGGCCCUGUAUAUAUUACCACAAUGAAACCUUUAACAGUGAGUCAAUUACCGUUCAAUAAUAUUGCACCACAAGGAGAAACUCCAAACAGUGGACAGAACACUGAGAACAAGGACCACAUUUUUGAAUCCUUUUCACACGCUCCAUUCACCAAAGAACUAUUGAAUGAAAUUUAUGUUGGCCCAAGCAAACUCGUUCAGCAGUAUUGGAAACAUGGAAGUUAUCCAAUUUUGAAACCAAAUCUUGUCCAACCUCCUGUGAAAUUGCACCAACGAAUUUAUUAUCCCAACAGUAUGGAAAGUGUCAUUAGUACAAUGGAGACAAGUUUAAUUUCCUCAAAGAAUGUAUCAUUAUUAAUUAUGAAGGACAUUUUGAAACGUUUUGAAUAA